AUGUCCCUGCGCAACCCUUCUAUCCUAGAAUCGGUGGCUCAGGACGAAAUGGACAAUCCGUCUCCACGGAAGCAUCUAUAUCAUCGGGAUAUAUACCUUUCCCGAAAUUACUGGGCACUCUCUCCGAACGAAUUGGGUAGAUCAGUAAUUACUGAUUUUGGACUUGCCGUUCGAGGUGAUGAAGCCCCUAACAGUCACCCCAUCCAGCCAGAUGAAUAUCGGGCGCCGGAAGUUUGUCUCGGAUGUGAGUGGAGCUACAGCGUGGACAUUUGGAAUCUGGGAGUCAUGCUUUGGGAUCUAUUUUAUGGUCAUAGCGCCUUUGACAUGCCACAGGACCUGGACCGCCCAGUCUCUGCAGACAAAGCUUAUCUAGGCCAAAUUAUUUCUCUCUUGGGACCUCCUCCACCUGAGCUUCUCAGCCAGGGAAAGAAAGCAUCAAAUUAUUUUGACGCCCAAGGUAUGCUAUCUGGUAGCUGGUUAAUCUGCUCGAUAGGACAAUUCAAAUUUCCUGAGCUUAUCAAGAGAAAAGACCUACUGUCAAUAGUGCGGGAAAUUGAUGAUGAUAACGGCAUACCGGAAUUUGUCGACUUUUGUUCUCAAAUUCUACGUUGGAAACCCGAAGACCGGAGCACGGCAGAGGACCUACUUUCCCAUCCCUGGCUUCCGCAGAUGAAAGCAUUCAGAUAG